AUGCACUCGCCCCGUUUUCCUCUCGAGCUUGUCGCAGAGGUACUCUCCCACCUGCAAGAUGAUAUGGAGACCAUCAAGCGAGCCUCCCUCAUAGCUCGUAUUUGGUACGAGGGUUCUCGCCUAUACUUGUGGAAGCACAUCUACCUAGGCCCUCCCAAGCCUGCGAUUCGUUGCAAGCAAAUGCGCAAAAUCAUCGAAGCUCGACCCGUCGUUGCCGCGAGGGCAAAGCGUCUCACGAUAGUCGACGACGCGAAGGACCAUAAAAGCGAUUAUGCAGAUGGAUGGCUCAAGCGCUCUCAUGAUAUUCUCGCCAUUCUACCUCUGCUCGUAACGCUUCACGAGGUAUCGGUGAAAUCUCGCUGGUACCUCAACUGGACACUAGCGUCACCGCAGCUGCGUGCCGCAUUAUUCGACAUUUUCUCAAACCCUCACGUCCGUGAAAUCGACUUGGUUGGCAUGAAGUACAUGCCAGUUACGCCGUUUGCUCAUUUCUGCCAUCUGCAAUCCCUGUCUCUAGAGAGGAUUGAAGUCGACAGCAGAGAGGAAGACGCGUGCUUUCCCAUCAGCCGCACAAACAAGGCAGCUAACUCGCCGCUCGGAGCAUUGAAGGUGCUGCACAUCGGAGAAGCAGGGAGUGCGGUAGAAGUGCUGUUGAAGUACAUCACUCACCUCAAGGGCGACCCAGCAAACACGGGCGUUGGCGUCCUUAGGCCGCACAAGCUAUCCGUCAGCGCCAUCAAUUUCAAGGGUGCAGAGCAGCCCUGGUCUACCAUCCUGCACUCGAUGUGCUCACAUGUGACUGCAUAUACCAUUAUGCUCGAAUGGGCCCAAGACUUCCCGGAACAGCUGUACCAGUUCCAUCGCUUUCCCCGCCUCACGCGACUUAGCUUUGUUGCUUCAUGGCGGUACAUGAGGCAAAGCCUCUUCGAUAUCCCAUACACGCGACGGUUCGGCCUCCAAGCCUACUCCAGACGUAGACCGUCUUCUGGUUUACGCACUUUCCAACUGGCAGUGGAAUUCCACGACCCCGGCGCCACACCCACUGGUCGAAUAAUGGACAUAAUCCUUUUCGAGUUCUUGGGAUCGAGGGCGCUGUAUUGGAUCACGGAAAUAGACGAUAUACUUGGGGGAGAUGUAGUUGACUUUCCGAACCUGGAAGAAGUGGAGUUUACAGUAAUUCUUCGAUCUGCCCUCUCUGAAAAUGAUUGGGGCCUGGUGAAGGAGACGCUAGAGACUCAUUUUCCUCGCGUCAAGUCGAAGGGGGUACUAAAUGUUCGCAGGUAA